AUGACCUUCCUGGACCAGGGCGUCCACUGGACAGUGAGCCCCGUAUUCCCAGCUUUGCUUGAAAAGGAAAAGGAAAAGGCAGCCUUGAAAUGUAUACAAGGCUAUGAUGCUACCCAAGCUCCGAAAGAAUGUUCCAGUGCUUUCGACACCUGUGUGACCAUCAAGGAUGAGUACACACUGACAGACCCAAAGUUUAAUGCAACAUUCUAUACAUGUGGGAGAAUUUUGUCUUGUGCCCAUGCUUUUACCAUCACCAUAGGAGAUGGGAAACAUUUGCGCCACACCUCAGCUUGCUGUACCACAGAUGGCUGCAAUGCAAACUUAAAAUGGGGAGUUCCUCCAACUUCUUCAAGAAAGAAUGGGCUCAUUUGCCCAAUUGGAUGUUUUGCUGACACAGAGGAAACCUGCAAUGGCGGAAAAGUCUCAUGCACAGAUGCAGAAAAUACUUGCAUCAACGUAACAGGGACCUACGGCCCUAAGGAAGAUUCCAAGUCUUUUGUCGUGAAGGGUUGUGGAACAAGCAACGUGGGUGAACUCUAUAGCCUAAUCGGGUUCAUUAACGGAACCUGCUACAAAAUGCGAAACGCAGUAUGGAAGCCUGCUAAAUCCUCCAGCACCAACCAUAUUCUGGGCAAGAGAUCCUUUCUCCUCCUGCUACCCAGUAUCUCCAGCAUUCUCUUCCUGAAGUUUCUCUCCUGAGUUUUGUUCCCAUGCCAGGCAAUUUGUAGGAUCCAUGUUGUGAGCUUUUGGGCACCGGAAUGGACAAAUCUGUCAAGAUCAGUGCUCUUAAGUUUCUCAUUUUUUAAAAAAUCUUAAAUUCAAUUCUCCACAAUACUAGAGCAAUCUGCAUUUUUUUAAAUAAAAAAGGUGAAAAUCCAUCCACAUUUUAGCAUGAAUUUCUCCUAAUAAACACAAUUUGUAAUUGCAGUUUGACUAGUGUAGAGUUUUGCUAGCAUUUCCCCCCAAAAAUGCAUUUGUACAUAUGUUAUUAUCACCGAAAUAUGCACUUUUGGCAC